AUGGGCAAUGCGACGUCGCAAGCUCCGAAGCUCAAAACCCCUUUAAGGCCGAAAUCAAGUGCCGUGGCUUAUGAUAAGUCAAGUCUAAUGAAAAUUGAACCCAAUUACCAGAAUCCGAUUAUCCCUCUACUUGAUCCAUUGCUACAAGGCUUAGGGCAUUCGGCACGAUAUUAUCUUAACUAUUAUGCUAUUCGCUUCUGCCAAGACCUUGUUUUAUAUGAUUCACCGCAAUGUAGUGCUAAUCCAUUCAGGGACUUGGUCCCUAUGUCCCUCGAAUAUCCUUUUCUCCGAGAGAUAAUCGUCGCGGCAUCGGCUUUACAUUUUUCUAACUCUAUGCGCUGGAAUAAAAACCCUCAACCUGUAGUUAACGCCCUCGUUGACGCUCUAGGUGCGCGGCAUAGAGCUAUUAAGUCGCUCCAGGAUGUGGUUGAACGCCAGGAAGCUCUGAGAAAUGAGCCAGCCAACGACGGCGAGAGGGAUGCAUUGCUCGCCGCGGUACUCUUCUUCGUCAACUUUGUGCUGCUUGAUUCGGGUAAAGGUGGAUGGCGAGCUCACAUGAAUUUCGUUGGCAAACUUUUAAGCUUGCGGACAACUACUUCUUCGAGCCUACGAAACUCACCAACAUCGGCGCCGGAGUUAUGGUCUGAUCAAAGUCCCCUUCUGGAUUUCGCAGCGGUUGAGUCUCUUAUUGCUUUACCUCCGGCUGGCCAACAUAUUUCGUCUUCCACGUCACCGGGCAUUCGCGACUACAUCGCUUCGGAUUCGGUGGCUUAUUAUAUCUGGAGCAACGCACUCGACUCAUUAGUCUCAUCUUUGAGUAAGACUACCCCGCCACCGUUGACAUUCGACGGAGACGACGAUGAGAUUCUUCAUAUCCUCAUUCGUACCGAGGCGAACAGUUACCACAGCUGCCCUUCUCGUUUACUGCACACUGUUUUUAGGACUUCGCGACUAGCAAGGGAUAUCGGCGCAAGUGAGGCUGGCGUAUUGACUGAGCAGCAGAUGCAAUCUUGUCUCGAGCUUCUAAGGGAAAUCCAAACAUUUGACGGCGAUGCAUGGGCGACCGAAGUUUGCACUAGAAUUACAGCAGCUGUUGGUUACAUGGAUGAUGUCGAAGUUCAAUACCGAAAACAUAUCGCCGCCACAUUCCGCGCUGCUGUAUGCCUCUACGUUCUCUUGGUUGCGCCGGAACUACCAAACCAACUCUCCCAACUCGCAUCAUCAAAUGGGAUAGGUGAGGAUAAUCUGCCCGUCCUCCCCAGCGCAGAAGAGCUCGUCGCUACGAUUUUACAUCACUUAUCCCUCAUUCCGACCGAUAGUCCACUAUUCAAAUUUGCUACAUGGCCAAUAUUUCUUACUGGUGUUGCGACGGCAGAUUCGUCGCGUAGGGCGUGGUUGCUGGAUCGAUUACGCGAUAUGAGAUACCUCUGUCCCUGGGGGAUGGUAACAUCAACGAUGGAGACAUUAGUAGAGAUAUGGCAAAUGAGGGACAAUAUCGCGACGACGGAAGAACAUAAUAUGGGUGAAAGUGGCCUCACUGGAGAAUCAAUGGUGUCGCUACACGAAAGGGACAGGAACAAUUGGCUCGUGCAGCUCAAGGGUUUCAAAAUCGAUUGUUUGAUUGUAUAGACGACCAGACACAACGCAUUAAUUCACGGGAGGCUCCACAGUGGCUCCGAAGAAUCACCCAACCAAUCAUCAGUUGACCAAGAAAGUCUUUAGAGACGGUAGUCUUAUUCUUAUUCAGGACCGAUUUCGACGGGAAAUGACGAUGUUAAUUGUGCGAAAAGCUUACGACUAACUAAUAUGGACCCCGCGAUAUACACACAUACGAUAACCCUUGGCGGACCAGCCCCUCAGGCGAGAACGCCUACACGCUCAAAACCCCGCAUACGGGGUGGCGGUCUUGUUUCGGAUCUGGUCCGCAAGCGCCUUGUAAGAACCAGUCUUGAUAUCUUCCACGAUGCCAGCCUUCUCUUGGAUCUCCCAACCCAACUCUUUAUGGGCCUUCUCGCUAGAAGCACGGCUUGCAGCAGCCAAGAAGGCCGCGAAGAACGGACCGACCUUUCCCUUAGCCUCCUCGAGCGUGAAAGAUUGUACAGGGACCUGCAACGCUUCGGCCAUGGCAUCGAAUACUUGGCGUGCAGUCAGGUCGGUCGAUUCGGUGGCGUUGAAGAUGGAACCGGCUUUCGCCUUCUGCGCGGCUAGGAUGUAUAGACGGGCGGCGUCGUCUACAUGUACGGCCGAGGUGUGCUGUUUG